AUGAAUUCUACGAACGAGUCGAUAACGUCUAAUGGGAUGCAUUCCGGAAAAACUUAUCAGCAUCAAGAUAAACUUCCAAAAUUGCCUAUACCCCCUUUGGAAGAGACCCUAGAAAAAUAUUUAGUAGCAGUCAAGCCUCUUCAGACUCUUGAGCAGCAUGAAGAGACCAAGGCAACAGUUCAACAAUUUCUUCAAAAUGAAGGUCCUGAACUUCAAAAGAAAUUAAAAAGAUAUGCUGACAAUAAAUCCAGUUAUAUCGAAGAAUUCUGGUACGACUCUUAUCUCAACUACUCAGAUUCGGUGGUCUUAAAUUUGAAUCCGUUUUUUGUGUUGGAAGAUGAUCCCACACCCGCAAGAAAUAACCAAGUUGUUCGUGCUGCCUCCUUAAUUAUAUCUUCCCUAAAAUUCGUUCAAGCUUUGAGAUCAGAAACACUCGAACCGGAUGUAUUUAGGGGUACACACCUUUGUAUGUCACAAUUCCAACGUUUAUUUGGCACUGCGCGUCUUCCAACCGAGGAUGGAUGUAAAAUGGAUACCGAUCAAAAUUCCCAACAUAUUGUUGUAAUAUGCAGAAGUCAAUUUUAUUGGUUUGAUGUCUUAGAUGAAGAUAAUGAAGUCGCAAUCACGGAAAAAACACUUGUUGCAAAUUUAAGGGCUAUUAAACAGGACGCACAGGCAAUGUCUGUAAUCGAAGUCGCCAAACAUUCUGUUGGCAUUUUGUCUACAGAAAAUCGUAAAACAUGGGCUGGUCUAAGAAAAAUUCUAGAAAAUUCUGAAAAUAAUAAAGAUUCUUUAAAAGUUCUUGAUUCGGCAUUGUUUGUCGUAUGCUUGGAUGAGGUUUCACCUACUUCUGGGGAUGAUGUUGCUAACAAUAUGUUAUGUGGUUCAUAUGAUGUCCAGCAAGCAGUGCAAGUUGGAACUUGUGCUAAUCGAUGGUAUGAUAAAUUACAGAUCAUUGUAUGCGAAAACGGAUCUGCUGGAGUGAAUUUUGAACAUACAGGCGUUGAUGGUCAUACAGUCCUUCGAUUUGUAUCGGAUAUUUACACCGACACAAUACUUCGCUUUGCACAAACCAUAAAUCAUCAAAUGAAACCUUUACUUCGCUCUUCAAAUCAUAAACAAAAACCAACUAACAAAACUGACACUACUCCAAAGAAGCUUGAGUGGGUUCUUAUCCCUGAAGUCUGUACAGGUAUCAGAUUCGCUGAGACUAGGUUAAGUGAUUUGAUCUUGCAGAAUGAAAUUAAAGUCUUGGAAUUUGAUAAAUACGCAGCUUACUAUGGUCUCUACGGGUCGAUUGAAUGUACUUAUGAACCGGCAAUGACUAAAUCUUUCCUUCAUGGGCGAACUGAAGCAAUUAGAUCAGUUACUACAAAUUCAGCUGAGUUUGUAAAAUUGUUUUGGUCAGCAGAUGCUUCUCGAGAAGAUAAAAUGACAGCUUUACGAAAGGCCAUUCACACUCAUGUGAAUUUGACAAAAAUGUGUUCGAAAGGGUUAGGACAAGAUAGACAUUUAUACGCAUUACAAUGUGUUUGGCAAAGAGAAAUGCGCAACACAAAUUUAGAUGAAGAGAAACUGCCACUUAUCUUUAAGGAUUCCGGAUGGCAGACGUUAAAUCACACUGUAAUAAGCACGAGUAACUGCGGUAACCCCGCACUCAGAUUAUUUGGAUUUGGUCCAGUUGUUUCCGAUGGAUUUGGGAUUGGUUAUAUUAUAAAAGAUGAAGGAAUCGCGUUUUGCGCUUCCUCAAAACAUCGUCAAACGCGUCGUUUCCUCCAAACACUCGAAAAUUAUUUAUCUGAUGUGCAAUUGCAGUUGAUAUCCGAACGACAAACACCUGUCUUAUCGCCGCGGGAUAUAUUAAAUGAUGAAAAUAUAUUGAAUAAUGGAAUUAUGAGAACGCCAUCAGGUUAUGGUCCUUUUAAUGUUGGUGGUGGUAUUGAAGAAUUACUUGAACACCAUAAGGAAGAAAAGAAAAGAGUUGGGAGGUCACUGAAAUUAGCAGAUUAUUGA